UUGUCUGUAUUUAGAUUAGACGGCGCGGACGAAGCGACCGGCUCGCUCAGACCCUGCGGCCCGCGCUGCACUAGGUCCACCACCCGGCACCACCCGGCACCACCCUCCACCGCUCGCCACCACCGACGGAUCACGGCCGCCGCGAGUUCAGUGCCUCAUACCAUUUGGAUGUCGCAAAUGCUUCCCGACACUGGAGUGGGUACAUGUGAUGCGCACGCGCACGCGCCGCACACGUCUCCGAUAAGACCAUCUCUGUCUGUUGGCCGCCAGCCAGCGUGUCGCGUCGUGUGCCUAACAUACAGACGGUACACCUCACCACCCUCCACCACCUCCUUGGCAAUUAUACUGCCUUUACUGUUAAUUAAAGGCAUGCGGCGUGCGGCGUGCGGCGACGCCAGCACCGCGCCUCUCAACACAACAUCGGAAAACAAGGAAUUACUACGACGACAGCUGUUGUCCUCGAGUAAGGAGCGGAACGUAGACAAGUGUGACUCGGCGAAAACGAAACACACGAGGAGCAGGCAGAAGAACAGAUGGAAGCUGAAGUUCCAUCAUCAGGCACUGCCACAGGAGUACCUCGACCACUACGAACAGAGUCUGCAGAAGGCCAACUGCAAGAAGAAAACUCCAGAGAAACAGAAGGAGCAGAGCGUCGAAAACAGCUUCACCAACGAAACGUUUAAGAUCUGGGCCGAGAGACUGGCCGGAGUACAGACCGAGGCCCCCGCGCUGACCGCCGCCUCGCCCGCAACCGGCGGGACCAACAAGAACAGAGAAGAGAGGAAGAAGAAGAACCCUGCCAUCACACCCAGCAAGAUCAUGACUUACGAAGACCUCCCGUACAUGGGAGAGAUGACCUUGAACAACUCCAAACCGAGGAGAGGCAGGAAACCCAAGAAGGCCGACAUCUGCCACCUUAUAUACGAGAACUACGGGACCGUGGUGCCAGGCCGGCCGCCUCCCGCCAGGCCCAGCACCUGCCCGCCCUUCAAGACGGACCAAGCAGCGGGCCCGCCGCGGACUGACCUCCAGAACAGGAUCAUAUCCAGUCUACUGGAGAGGAAGCUGAGUCAGGAGAACAGGAGGCGCUUCGAGAGUCAACACGACGAGCCGCCCGCACCGACAUGUGGCGCGCCGGGGGUGCUGCACAACGACCGCGAGCCGCUCAACCUGUGUAUCAGGGACCUGAGGGACCUUAAGCUGCAGGUACAGAACAAGUUCGGGGACAUGUACCCCGAGGUGAAGGUGGAGCGAGACGAGGUCGACAGCGGCCGCGGGGAGACGCACAACGCCAUCUCCGUCAUACAACGGAACGAGAGCGUGCCGUCCUCGCCCGGGACCGACGACAAGCUGCCCGGGUACAUGUACUGGCCCGAGGCCGGCGUGUACAUGCACCCGCUGGCGCUACAGACACAGCUGCUGUACUGUCAGCAGGCGGAGGCCGCGCGGAAGGAGGCGGGCGCGGGAGGAGUCGCCGUCAAACGGAUAGCGGAGCUGCUGGAGCCCGAGAGGCCGCGGGAGAAGAGGCUCGCCGCUGCCGCACCCGCCAAGAGGAAGAGGUCCGCCAUCUUCAUCCCGCCAGUGACCGCCGGCAGCGGGUCCACGGCGCCCACCGCGGAGGUCAGCAUAUGCAAGUUCAAGUUCACGGGCGGCUCCAAGCCGUCGCUGCAGGAGAAGAAGAUGCUGUCCGUCGACUCCGGGGGGAACUUCCGCUACUACAGCGGGGGAGGGAACAAAGGAAACAAGGGGUACGACUUCUUACAGGGAGACACGGCUCGAGACCGGAGCUCACCCGCGCCGGUCGAGAGGCAGACCGACCCCGCGACCGACGAACACAAGAAGAAGAGGAAGUCCAGGAAGACGCUGCAGAGAGAGAAGCUGGAGCAGACCUUCAAGGAGAAGGGCUUCCUCAUACAGACGCAGCAGUUGCAGUCCGCGGAGGGCGCCACCUACUGCAAGUUCAGGCAGCUGAGGAAGUUCACCAGGUACCUGUUCCGGAGCUGGAGGGACUACCUGCCGGGGGAGCUGGCGGGGAGGGACGCCGCGCGGGGGGGAGGGGACGACCCCGACCACACGGGGGGGACGUGA